AUGGAUGAGCUAAUAGCCUGGGCGAAAUCCCAUGGAGCUUGUCUUCACCCCUCGGUCGAAAUCUACAACGACCCAAAGACCGGCAAUUCAUUCCGUGUAUCCCCUGAUGGAGCCGACGUUAAGCCCGGUGCCACGGUCGUCACCUGCUCUCUCAAUCUGACGCUAUCCUAUCUCAACACCACCACCACACCUAGCCCAGGCUUCCGUCACGACGAGUCCACUACGCCGUUCCCCCCAUCAUUCCUCGAAAGCGUUCCUCCGCAUGUUAUUAGCCGCUUCUUCCUGAUUAAUCAGUACCUUCUCGGCAAGGCCUCGUUUUGGUACCCCUACAUCCGAACCCUCCCUCAGCCAGAACACCUUCAGUCUUGGACCCUCCCUCCACUCUGGCCCUCUGAUGACAUUGAGCUGUUGGAGGACACCAAUGUCCAUGUCGCCAUCUCCGAGAUCAAGGCCCGCCUAAAGGCCGAAUACAAGCAUGCCAUUGCCGCCUUCGGCGAUGACUCAGCCCGAAAAGAGUACACACGCCUCCUGUACCACUGGGCCUAUUCUAUCUUCACCAGUCGGAGCUUCCGUCCCUCCCUGGUGAUACCCGCUAAAAGACAGCGCACACUUAAUCUGCCAGAGGGGUGUGGUGUUGAUGACUUUUCCCUCCUACUUCCCCUGUUCGACGUGGGCAAUCAUUCUCCCUUGGCCAAGAUCUCAUGGGAGCACCCGGAGAACGCCGGGGACACCUGCGCACUGCGCACACUGGACACCUACGGCCCCAAGGACCAGGUCUUUAACAACUAUGGUAGCACCAAGACUAACGCCGAACUGAUGCUCGCUUACGGCUUUCGGAUCCCUGAAUCAGAGGCUCUGCACAACGACUACGUUCAUGUCCAGCGACGAGGCGCGAGUCAGCAGGCCGAAACGGGCAUAGGAGCGAAGCCAAGAGAUUACCUUAUUUCGCUCCGGCCCGUAACAGAUCCGAGUUCUGUAGCCGUUCGGUCUCUGUCCAUGUUGCAGGACCUCGAUGCUAGCAAGAUCUUGCCCGCUUUUAAGCACGUGCAGGAUACAAUGGUUUGGGAGCUCAUCCAAGCCCAAACAACGGAUGAGCAAAGAGAAGAGAUGAUUCCCGUUCCAGAAGAUGUCGUUGACUCGUCAAGUGCGGAUUUGGAACGCCUGAAGGCGGUCUUGACGGGCCAGGUCCCUGUAGCUUCCAGGCCGCUCCUGGAACAGACCGUCGCGAUUAUCCAGCAUAAAAUCUUCCAGGAGCUGGAACGUCUGGAUCAGUCUGAAUUUGAACUAGAUGAGUCGGAAGCGACACAGAAUCAGCUCAUGGCAUAUCACUACAGGAGGCAGUGCAGGAAGGUACUCAUGAAUGUACUAGAAUCGAUGGGCAUGCACGAGGAGAAUGCUUGA